ACAAGUUCAUUUAUAUAAAAAUUAUCUAUUUGAUAUUAUUCCCAACUUUGUACUUCGUUUAUAUCUAUUUACUCUAUAUUAUAAUGAUCUUACUAUAUUGAACAUAUAUUUGUAUUAUAUGGUUCAAUGAAUCCAAAUACUCUAUCUAGGCUCUUUGAUAUUUACUCACCACUGGCUAUUGGACAAAUUACUUUUCUUAAUAGUUGUUUUAUCUGGUUCUGGCCAGUUUGACAGUUCACCUUUUGACUAUAUAUACUGUAAUUUUUAACUAUAUUGUCAAUGCAGAAUAAGUAACACCAGAAACAACACUAUGAGCCGUAGCCAGCAUUAUAAGAUCUGUCGUUGCCUUCUUUAUAGUACAUAAUAAAGUAUUUGAACGUUCUGCAUUCAAUUCAUCCAUGCCUUAUACCACCUGGUCACAUAUGGCGUCGUCGACAAACCAGAAGGCAAUGAUUGCUGACAUUCCAUCAGACGGCUGAGCGGGGUAUCUACGGAGGAAGCCGAACAUUUACGAAGUUGAUGUGUGUGUGUCAUCGGGCUAUCCACGGAGAUGACCGAACUUUGACGGAGUUUCUACCAGAUCGGAAAUCCACGGAAGGAGCCGACCAGUGACGGAGAUUAUUUGUGUUAUUGGAAUAUAUACGGACUUAACCGAACAUUGUCGGAGAUUGAAAGGCGAACACUAACGAAGAUGUAUAACAGUGCCGAAACCGUGUACCAAUGAGGACCGAUGAAGUAACUGUUUUCUGUAUUUGGAAUAUAUGUGAUAUUGAGAGAUAUUGUGAUAUAUGUUGAAAUGUGUAAAUUUUUUUUUCAUUUUGGAUUAUGUGUUUUAUUCAUACUGGAUUAUAGUUGUGCAUUUAUUCACUUUUUGUGAAUAUAGAGUUGAAGUUAUAUAUUGUGUAUUUUUGCAAUUUUUGUAUUUUUUAUAAUUUUCAAUAGUUUUGAAAGUUCAUAAUGGCAAGUCAUCCUACUUGUAAGUCUUUACAAAAGCAAGUGAAUGAAUUACAGAAUAGUAUUAAAGAAAUGUCUUGGAAAUCUGGUGGUGAAAAUGAAGUGAAAAAAGCACCGAAUGAAAAGAAUGUUGUAUAUGUACAGAAAGAUAGAAAGGUUCCGAAGUUUUCCGGGUAUAAUUUUCCAGUUGAAGAUUGGAUUGAAGAUGUUAAUACUGUGCUACAUUCACGUGAGAUGUCCCGUCAAGAACGAGCGGAUUUUAUAUAUUUACAACUUGAAGGUUCUGCUAAAGAUGAAGUGAAAUAUCGUUCUCAUCUAGUACGACAAAGUCCAGAUCAAAUUUUAGAAAUUUUACAAGAUGCCUUUGGUGUAAAGGAUAAUAUUACCAAACUACAGAAGAAUUUUUUGGAUCGUGUGCAAAAGCCAAAUGAAUCGCUCAGAGAAUAUUCAUAUGUGUUAAUGGAUUUAAUGAGUAAAAUUACAAUUAAAGAUUCUACUUGGAUGCCUAAUAAAGAGAAAACAUUAUGCGACCAAUUUUCACAAAAUGUACAAGACAGUUUCUUAAGAAAGCAUCUGAAACAAAUAGUUCGUGCACAACCUCAUAUGCCGUUUUUGGAUCUACGUGAAGAAGCUAUUAUGUGGUCCGAGGAGGAAGAAUAUAAAGAUAAAAGAUAUAACACAAAGACGAAAAGUGAAACAACUGAUACUGUACCAGAAGAACCUACAGCUGAUGUGUGCGCUAGUAAGGAUAAAACUGACAGUAGUAGUGAACAAUCCGAAAAAUUCAACCAGUUAUUGGGUAUUGUCCAGAAACAAAGUGAACAAAUUGAAACAUUAACGAAGAUCAUGAAUUCAAAGCAACAGUCGACAAAUUAUAACAGUAGAUACAAUAGGUUCGAACCACAACGACGUACUUUGUUAUGUUUUGGAUGUAAUAAGCCAGGUCACAAGAUUGUAGACUGUCCAGUUGUUAAUUCAAAGAAGUCGGGAAACGAGUAGCGUCUGCCGUGAAGAGUCCCAUUGUAGAUGAUAAUCAUAUGGACUCAAUACAAACUGAUCGUUUAGUGGGUAAAUGUCCAACAGUUAGUGCUUACUUUGCAGGAUUUAAAGUUAACUGUCUAGUAGAUACUGGGUCAACUGUUACAACAGUUACAGAGUCGUUUUAUAACCGUUUUCUGAGGAGGUGUACGGAGCUACAAACUGAUAUUACGUUUAAUCUGAAAGGGGCAAAUGGAAUUUGUAUACCGUAUAUAGGAUAUGUUGAAGUAGAUAUUGACAUUAUGGGGCAACGUUUGCCAAACAGAGGUGUUUUGAUUGUGAAGGAUCCUAUUGACAGUUAUACCAGUAUGAGAAA